AUGCCGAGGACGUCCGUCGAGGACGCCGUCGUCGCGCUGUCGGUCGCGCUGCCGUCGAUACCGUGGGUGAAGGCGUGGACGAGCGCGCGCGCGAAGCGGACGACGCGAGGGAGGAGAGGGAAGGGGGAGAGAGACGCCGACGCGGGCGCGGGCGCGGGCGCGGGCGCGGGCGCGGGCGUCGCCGCCGUCGUCGCCGCGUUCGCGAGCGUUCCCGGGCGGCUGCACCUCGGCUCGCACGCGGUCGCGAUCGCGGCGUGCGGGACGGUCCUCGCGCGCGGGGGGAUGGGAAAGCGCGGACGCGCGCGGGCGAAGACCGAGUAG